AUGGAUAUGUUGGACGAGGUUAACAUUGAGGACGGAGCUGAGCCGACCCCCGCCGAAGUUGUCAGCCUGGUCACGGCGAUGAGCGUCAGUAAGAGGUGGCGCUCGGGUACGCACUUGGCCCCGCAGUCAGGUGUUGUGGGCACCGUUGCUCGACCGCCAGUCCCCGCCCGCGCCAAAGGAGCCACCGCAGCCAAGCCGACACAAUCUCACCCCAAAGCGCAUUCGUUGGCGCCGAGGGGGACGAAGAACCAGAACAAAAGUAGCGCCAUCCUACCGGCGGCCACAGCCCCCGCGCCGCAAGGCGGUGAUAUCGCGAACGGUGCCACCAACGUGCUCGACGCCGGGUCAAGAGACGGCGACACUUCCUUCAUGGAUAUGUUGGACGAGGUUAACAUUGCCGCUCCUCCACUCGCUCUGUCCGACGACGGUGAGGCUCAAGUGGUGGAUGAAGAUGGAGAGGAAGAUGAUGAUGAAGAUGAUGAAGGGGAGGAAGAUGACGGUGAGACGCUUAACGAAAGCCAGGAAGAUAGCUCAAACAAUAGCGGACCAAGGCAGUUGAUCGUCGUCCACGGUUUAUCCGACAAGAUAGCUGCGUGA